AAGUAUCUCAUAUAGAUUACAAUCUGAGGCAUAAAGUCAGCUAUGGAAUUCUGGAGAAGGAAGAAGGAGAAGGACAAGGACAAGGAGAGAGCUUGCUUCCUGAAGAAUGGAACAAUGUUUCUUCAACAACUCAUCGCUGACUGCAACGGCAUAUCAAACCCUAUCCGAAUGUUCUCUUCCGACCAAAUCUCCAAGGCGACAGAUCACUUCGAUGCCAAGUGUUCUAUCCUUGAUGCUUCAUCAUGUUUCACCUGGUUUAAGGGCGUCAUCGAAGGCAGAUCGUACGUGAUCAAGAGAUUCACAGAGCCAUGGUAUGAAGAAGAGCCUUACAACGAUAUUGUCUUGUCUUCUCGGGAUCUGCUGGAGAGAGGAGAGCCUGUUGUAUUCGGUGGUGGUUUGAACGACAUGAAGCCUGGUCAGAUGAGAGUGUUUCUUGACCUGGCACUGAGAUGCUGCGAGGAGAGGAAUGAAGACAGGCCAAUGAUGAUCUUGGUGGCAAAAGAGAUUAAGCUAAUAGAACAAGGAUCACUUGAGGAUGGUCAUUUUUAAAAAUUGAAGUUAUGCUCAUACUAGGGUAGUGUGUUCUGUUAUUGUGUAUUGCUGGAUUACUUAGCUUUUAUAGUAUUUGGAGCACAAAAUCAUUUUGACUAAGAAAAGACUUAAAGAGGGUAUAUGAGUUUAUCUUUAAGUUCUGAAAACAUGAAGCAUAGUUUCAAGAACAAGCUUGAGAUUAUUCUUGUUGAAACUGUUUAUCAGGAUAAGGCUACAAAGAUAAAGGUUCGUUUGAACACAACUGGAGUCAAAAAGGAAAAUAAAUGAAUUAUAAAAUAUAUAUAUAUAUAUAUAUAUAUAUAUAUUUCGUAUUGGAUGUUGAUUAUUC